UAAACUUGAUUGACAGGAGAGACACCAUGGACACAGCGACAGAAACGUCAACAAACUCGGUGGUCAUGAGUGUUAGUCGGUCGGAUGUUUCCGGAUCGUUGAUUCGGCGGGUUCGUGCAUUUCCGCCGGAGCGCGACGUGUUUCACGCGGCCGCGUGCGGAGCGCGUGAGUGGUUGAGUUUGGCUCUGAAGAGAGCGCGCAAACCACUGCCCACUGACAAACACGGUCUCAGUGUGCUUCAUAUAGCAGCUCUACAUGGACAUCUGGACUGUAUUGAGCUGCUGCUGGAGGCCGAUGGUUCUGUGGAUGUGAAUAGCAGUUGUCCUCAUGGACGCAGACCUGUACAUAUGGUGCUGAGUGCUCAGAGCCGACCCAACACACAUGCCUGUCUCAUUUACCUGCUGGAACAUGGAGCCCAGAUCAAUGUCUCCACAGAUGAAGGACUCACUCCGCUGCAUCUGGCCGCUGCUGAAGGUCUCACAGACUGUACAGAGACGCUAGUGAGAAACGGAGCAGACAUACUCGCUCAAGACAAGAGGGGUCACACACCCCUCGUCCUCUCUAGGAUCUGGGGCCACAGGCUCGCUGCCAGAUUUCUGAAAGAUGCCAUGUGGCGAAAAGACAAACAGCAGGGGAUCAAGAAAAGCAAACAGCUACAUGAUCUCCGGCAGUUCCAGUGUUGCAGUGUGCUAGAUCUGCCUCACUUGGGUCGCUCCCUAAAACCAGAUACCUCGCCCUGGACUGAGGUGGCCAUGCACCUGGCCGAGGAGCUGAAGCCAGGACACUAUUAGACACAUUACACAAUUAGAAAAAAAGGUAGAUAAACUGUCACUGGGGUGGUAUCUUUACAAAAUGCACUAAAAUGUACUUUUAAUAUACUAAUAUGCACUCUUUAGGGGUAAAUAAGGAACAAAGUUGUACCCUUUUCAAACGUACCGCCCCAGUGACAACUCUGGACUCCAUCGCAGCUUUCAUUGGCUAAGAACCGCCCAAGAGGUGUCUGACUGUUAUGUAAAGCAACCAAUCAUGUUUAGGGGCAUGAAAAGGUAAAUUGUAAAAUCUCUGUCAUUUUUGAACAGAAAUGAGCACUUUUAGUUCCAGUAAAUACAUUUUUAAUGUUGCCAAAGAUUUCUGUUUGAAAUGAAUGCUGUUCUUUUGAACUUUCUAUUCAUGAAAGAAAAUGUUUGACGUUUUCCACAAAAACAUUGCACAGCAAAUCACUGCACAU